AUGCAACCUUCUGAUAAUCAAAGAGAAUCUAUUCCGAGUGCAAUACAACAGUCUGCUAUAACCACUAAUAAUAAUUCUAUAAAUAAUGCGAACAGUAGAAAUGGUCAUGAUGGACAUAAUGAUGUAAUAGUAAUAGAGAGUGAUGCAGAAGAAGAUGCUAUAGAUAAGAAUAGAAAUGUGCCUUGGUCUCAACCAAGAGAUGAAUUUCAUAGAUUUGCAAGAAUAUAUGAUAAUAUUAAUGAACGUAAUAACCAUUCAAGCUUAUCUGCAACUUUAGAUAGAGGCAAUACUCCAACUACAAGCAUACCGAGAGGUACUCUUCCGACACAAACUUUCGAAGUUGGUCAUCACAACAAUGCUCCUGAUAAUAACGCAGAUGAUGAUGACGAUGAUGAUAUUAUAAUUACUAAUGAAAUAAUUGCACCUGUAGACCCAAGUGGUCCAUUAAAUCCAAGCACUGAAUAUGUAGAUCUGGAUAAUGAAGCUGAAUAUAGUUCCAAUAAUAAUUAUGGACAUUCAAGAACUUUAAUUGUUGAUGGUGAUAAUGAUAAUGCUGAUGUUAUUGAUGAUGGGAAUGGGGCUGAUGAUUUGGUAAUUGUUCAAGAAAGAACAAGUGCUCCCACUGUUACUUUAACUCUUCCUGGAAAUCGUUCUAUUCAAAUAAAUGCUGCACCAACCGAUAGACCGGUAAGGUCUUCGUUUGGCUGGCAAGGUGGUGUACCGGAUUCUCGUAGAGGAAUGCUAGCAAGACGUUAUAAUAGCGUUCGACAACUAUUUUUCAAUUCGGAUGAAGAUGCUUCACGUAAUGGAUCAGAUAGUGAUUCAUACGAUGAUGAUUAUACACCAGCUAGGCUACAAAGAAUACAGAAUAGAGAACGGAAUGCCGUAAGGCAAAGAAUGAUGCAGCAAAGAAGGCAACAACAAAUCUUACGUCAAGAACAGAGUAGAAAUGAAUCACCAAUUAUGGCUGAACUCCGAAGAAGAAUAAAUGCAUACCCUCCUGAUGUAAGAAGUAUAUUUGAUCAUGCAACUACCCUAAAUGAAUUUUUAGCUUUAAUGCAAUCCACUGCACCAAUUACUUUAGAAGAUAAUCGUACUGAUUUGAUUGAUAUUUUUACUCUAUAUCGUGGGAAUUUAACUCAAAACUGGAUGAUAAAUAGAAUGAAUUCCAGUAGAGAUAAUUCAGCAAGAACAGCCUCUAGCACUCCAAUGAGAAAUAUGCCUGCACAUACAAGAUUUGUUCAAGGAUUUCUUCACUCUAUUAUGGGUUUAGGUGGUGAUUUCCCAUAUGGUGGUACCGAAAGUGAUGAGGAAGCAACUACCCAAAAUAUUAUUAGAAUGAUAGAAGAACGUGAAGCAAAUGAACGUGAUAGUAAAGUUAAGCAAUUAAUGAAAAAAACUAAAAAGCAACAGGAAGAUUUUGAAAAUAAAGCAAAAUAUUUACCUAAAGGCUUCAGCGCAUCAUUUAGUCUUGUACCGAAAAAAAUUAUAUCAAUUGAUGGAGAUGAUAGUAAAAGAGAAAUUGUUACUGAUGAAUUUCUUGCAGAAGAAUAUGAAGAAUUACCAGUCUGUUGUCUAUGUGGUGUUGAAUUGGGGGUUGGUAUACCAGACUCCUUUAGAGGUAUUACACCUGAGGAAAGUAAAGUAUCUUUUGAUAGUUUAGUAAAGAAAUAUAAUAUUCCAUGUCCAUAUAAUGCUUUAUCGGCUCCUGGGGAUAUUGAUAGAGAUUUAUCAAGGCGAACAUAUGUCGCAUCAUGUGGUCACUCAUUCUGUGGUAGAUGUGUUCGUAGGAUCAAUCAUGCCAAAGAAAGUGGUAAAAUUUCGAAGCAGAAAUUAAAAGAAUUGGUAGGACCCGAAAAUCCUGAUAUAUAUGGACCCAAGACAUGUCCUGCAACAGAUUGUACAGGGAAAUUAAGAAGAAAAGGACAGAUGAGAGAAGUAUACUUUUAA